AAUACUGGAGAAAGUCAAAUCGGAUCGCAUUCCGGCAACCAAGCCGGACGAGGAUCGUCGCCGGCGAACGAUCAUCGUUGAAAAAAAGAACGGCUCCUAUGGGUUUACUUUGCAGAGCUACGGAAUCCACUACAAAAAGGAACAGGAAGUUGAAAUGAUCACGUACGUGGACUAUGUGGAGUACGAUGGGCCAGCAUAUCGGGCCGGAAUGCGUGAAGGAGAUGUGAUUUUGUCCAUCAAUGGCUACGAUAUGGAAAAGGCCGAACACAAAACGCUAGUCAACUUCAUUAAAAACUGUGAUAACCGGAUGCGAAUGGUGGUCUUGUUCGAGGAUUGCUGCAGAAAGGUUGAACUACAUCUUAAAUAUAUUCGGCUGCAAGAGCUGUUGAAAAGUAAAAUGAAUGAUCUCGAACGAAUUUGUCUACGUGAGCGUGAGUUGUUGGAAGGAAAAUGGAAAACGCAUAGCUUACCGGCUCGAAAGAAAACCACUGUCGCUAGUGACGAUAUAGACCCAGGCUCCACAACUGAUGUCGAAUCGGCCUCUGGUUCAUCUUUUUGUCGUCCAGCUGCUUCGACGGAGGACGUUAAAAAACUACUUCGCCAAAAAACGUACAUUGUUCCACCACCCGCCCAAUUUAUGUUGGCCUACCAUUGCCUAGACAGCAACUAUCGAUACGUGAUUCAUCCCUCAAACUCAACUGGUGCUAGCGGCACUGCCGACUACUCAUCUGGUACUGCCUCAUUUAAUACUAGUUGUGCUCAAUCGACAGCCAAAUUAUGCAAGGACCAUCAGCAUGUUAUCCGCGGUUCUUCCCUUGACAAUAGUAGUUUAGGUGGUUUAAAACCCGGCAGCGGAUCAGCAACCAGUAAACAGUCAAAGUCUACAUCGCCAACGAAGAGUCUUCACAAUUAUGAUACCGAAACAACGAAAUCCUCAUCGCGUCGCCACCUGCAUGGACAUUCGUGCAAUCCGUGUAUGGGUCACUUUUUAAGAAGCGGAGAUAAAGGCAACAAAACAUCCGACAAGGACAAUACAAGCUUAGACGCGUACGAUCUCGCUAGUCCGUGCUGUGAUCCUCAGUGUGUUCCCUCACGGCGUAAAUCCAAGCACCACAAAGACCAUCAUCACAAGCAUAAGCACCGCGAGAAAGAGGCGAAGGAUUGCGGUAAAGAUCGCAUCCCUCGUCCCAAGUCUCAGCCACAUAUCUCACCACAGUCGCAACCCAAUUAUCUGUAUCGCCAUAGCAAAGAUAAGCACGAGCAUCACCACACCAAAGCGUAUGAUCUAAAUGCUAGUCUAACCAGUCAUUGUAGUCUUCAUUUAUGCACAUCCAGCGAAUUCAAUCCAGCGGCUGAAAAUUAGGAGGCUUUUUGAUAAAAAUGUGCUUCCCA